AUGGUCGCGUUCAAGCCCCUGGGCGCGCCGGAUGAGGGCGAGCUGCCCAAGGGCGGCGAUGAGUGGCAGCUGCAUCAGCAGGCAGGGGCGAUCGACGCCAAGGACGCGGACACACCGGACAACUGGGUGCCGCGCCACCCGGAGCUGCUGCGCCUCACAGGGAGGCACCCGCUCAACUGCGAGCCGCCCAUGCACAGGCUCAUGGAGGCUGGGUUCAUCACGCCCACGUCGCUUCACCUGGUGCGGAACCACGGCGCAGUGCCCAAGCUGGACUGGAAAACCCACCGCGUGGAGGUCAACGGUCUGGUGGACCGCCCCGUGGCGCUGAGCAUGGACGAACUCGUGGCCUUCCCCUCUGUCACCAUCCCCGUCACGGUCACGUGCGCGGGCAACCGACGCAAGGAAGAAAACAUGAUCAAGAAAUCCAUCGGCUUCAGCUGGGGCCCCACGUCGACGUCAUGCACCUAUUGGACGGGCGUGCGCCUGUGCGACGUGUUGAAGCACGCCGGCGUGAGGAGCCCUGACCAGGGCGCGCACUUCGUGUGCUACCGCGGCCCCAAGGGGGAGCUGCCCAAGGGAGAGGACGGGUCGUACGGCACGUCCGUGUCCCUGGCGGCGGCCAUGGACCCCAGCAACGACAUCCUGCUGGCCUACAAGCAGAACGGUCGCUGGCUGACGCCGGAUCACGGCUACCCUGUGCGGAUCCUGGUGCCGGGGUACAUCGGCGGGCGGAUGGUCAAGUGGCUGAGCGAGAUCACGGUGACCAAGGAGGAGUCCAACAACUUCUACCAUUACCACGACAACAGGGUGCUGCCGCCGCACGUGGACGAGACCAUCGCCAAGGAAGAAGGCUGGUGGUUCAAACCGGACUACAUCAUCAAUGAGCUGAACAUCAACUCCGCCGUGGCGCGGCCUUGGCACGACGAGGUCGUCAGCCUCAAGCAGAACGUGCCGUACAACAUGAAGGGCUACGCAUACACAGGUGGUGGGCGCAAGGUGAUCCGCGUCGAGGUCUCGCUCGACGACGGCAAGAGCUGGCGACAGGCCAGGAUCCACCGCUUUGAGAAGCCCACGGUGUACGGCAAGCACUGGUGCUGGGUCCUGUGGGACCUGGAUGUGCAGGUGUUCGACUUCAUGAACUGCAAGGAAGUGCUGCUCAGGGCGUGGGACUCGUCACAGAACGGCCAGCCAGCGCAUAUCACCUGGAACGUCAUGGGGAUGAUGAACAACUGCUAUUUCAGGAUUCAGAUCCACCAGCACUUGUCCCAGGAUGGCGAAAUCGCUGUCAGAUUCCAGCACCCCGCUCCCACAGAGGUUGGCAGCAUCGGCAUCGGCUGGCGGGAGGAAGAGAAUAACAGGAAUCAGGCUGUGACUGCUGCCUCAAAGCCAAGCACAGCACCGGCUGCGUCGCCGACUUUGGUCACCAAAGUUGCAACUGAUCGGGUUCCAAAAACGUACACAAUGGAGGAAGUGUCUAAGCACAACACUGAAGAAUCAGCCUGGUUCGUGCACGAGGGCAAAGUCUACGAUGCAACUCCCUUUUUGGAUGAACACCCUGGUGGUGCUGAGUCCAUCAUCAUCGAGUCGGGGCGUGAUGCAACAAAUGAGUUCAACUCCAUUCAUUCCUUGAAGGCAAAGGAGAUGUUGGCGGAUUACUAUAUCGGAGACCUUGCUGCACAGUCGGGGCCGUUGGCCCCAUCGGCGGCCAAGGGAGAGGUCGUGCCUGCAAAAUGCGUGGAAGAGGCAGCAACGCCAGUUGCUCUGAACCCUCGGCAAAGAAUCCCUUUCGCACUCAAGGAGAAGAUCCAACUCUCCCAUGACACCAGACUCUUCCGGUUUGCCCUGCAGUCCGACCAACACAAGCUUGGCCUGCCCAUUGGCAAGCACAUGUUCUUCUACGCAAAGGUGAAUGGGGAGCCGGUUAUGCGGGCGUACACGCCCACCAGCUCAGACGACGACGUUGGCCACUUCGACCUCGUUGUGAAAGUGUACUUUGCCAACGUGCACCCCAGGUUCCCUGAAGGUGGGAAGCUGUCCCAACACUUCGAGCAGAUGAAGAUCGGGGACACGAUCGACGUGAAGGGGCCAGUGGGGCAUUUCACCUAUGAGGGACGAGGCGCAUUUGCCAAGAACAGAAAACCUGGCUGCGCUAAGAAGAUUUCGAUGAUUGCCGGGGGCACAGGAAUCACGCCCAUGUACCAGGUGAUCAAGGCCAUCCUCAAGGACCCUGAAGACACCACCGAGAUCAAGCUGCUGUACGCUAACCAGACAGAGUCGGACAUCCUUCUGAGGGAAGACUUGGAGAUGUGGGCUGCAAACCACAAGAACUUUGAACUGUGGUACACAGUCGACAGGCCUGCUGAAGGCUGGAAGUAUAGCUCCGGCUUCGUCGACCAGAAGAUGAUCGAAGACCAUCUGUUCGAGGCGGGGGAUGGCAACAUUGUGCUCAUGUGUGGCCCUCCGCCAAUGAUCAACUUCGCUUGCAUCCCCAAUUUGAAGAAGAUUGGCUACGAGCAGGACUCGCUCAUCACGUUCUAG